GUUACGUUACACUCCCUCUCGGUAUUUCCUACCUCCGUGGUUAUGGUAUCUGAAAAACGGUAAAUGGCGGGCAAAGUUGUGCUAGGUUACGACAUUUGAAAUAAUUUGAAAUCUUUCUGUUUGCUGGCCCGCAACGAAUGACCGCAACGAGGAUAUAAUCCUCGACGAAGCUCGCGGAAGCGGUGACGACCGACGUUACCCCCGCCGCGAGGAAACGCUUGAGGUACGCUCGUCGCGCGGAACUUGAACGAAGCGGAUGGUGGAGAUUUGAAGGUUAACUAACGCACGAGGGCUACCGGCGAAGGGAUUAACCGGCUUCGACCGAGCGCGACGAUGGAGGUGGACAAGAAGAGCUGCAGGGAGCUGCUGAUACAGCGGAUGACCUUGGCCGUCGUCACGAGUGUAACGUUGCAAUUGUUCCUCGUCUGCUGCCGCGUCCUACUCGCGAAUCUAAGCGUGGACUACGCGCGCUGGCUCGAGGAAACUUGGAUCACCGUAAUAUCACCGUGGAUGUGGGCUUACCUCAUCGUUCUCGCCAUGGUGACCAUUCUGCAGAGUUACUUCUACAGUAAGAGCUAUCUGCACCCUCCGCCGUACUACAGGAGCAGAUUCGCCAAGUUGUGCAUGACUCUCAGGAUUCCAAACUUAUUUCUGCGAGCGUUCUACGUUGUUAUCGGCGGCGUUUUGGUCUGGUUGCACUUGUCGUUGAGGAGGGGAAGCUACAGCUCCUCGACCGCCGACUGCAGCAUUGUAUACGGAACAUGCCUGGAAGAAUAUUACUUCCUGCUGUUCAGCGGUCUGUGGAGCGGACUGUACUUCCCGAUCAAGACCGGCCAUUCUGCUGAGAAGUACUUCCAGUUUCCCAUCAUACCGCAAUCCAAAUUUUUUCAACUGAGACAACGAAUUUACACCAUGCUUCCGACCUUGAUGAUCUCCUCCAUGUGGUCGACUCUGUAUUACAUGGCCAUUUAUUAUUUCAUGGGGUCGUAUUGCCGCGAAGCAUUGUUACCUUUGAUUCCCAUGCAAAUGGAAGUCAAGCCUCUGGACACUGUGUCUAGAUUACUAAAUCUGUCACUGAUAUUGCAACUGUGGCUUUAUCAGUUUGUAUUUAUAUUGAUUACCAGCAACACGUACACGUUGUUCGAUAUAUAUCUGACCGAAUGGACACCAUUUAAAUUUGGCUUGAGUGGUGCGUACACUCCUGACAGUUCAGAAAUUACUCUUAUCGACGUACUAUCAAUGGACAAAGUACCGAUAAUGCAGCACUUGGGUUACUUGGACCUGGUCACCUUAGCGCAAAAAGAGAAAAUGAGAAGAGGUCUCUUGUUUACGCUCAGCCAGCCAGGCGGUCAUCCGUACAAUUGGAACUGCGUGGUGCAAAAGAGUACAAAUCUUCUCAAGAAGUUCUCGUCGGACCUCAACGCGAUAUCGUCAAAAUCUCAAGAUCAAGCGCUCUGUUACACUACAUUGACAGCGAGAGUCCCAGCGGUUCCGCAAAGCAAAUAUGUAUAUCAUAUGCGGAAAUUAGUACCAGACGCAGCGCCAGUGUUAAUAGCAGAAGCAGAUGUGAAAGAAGCUCCUUACAGCGGUACAUUCAUUCAAAAGUUUAUUAAGCAAAAAAAAGAAGCGUUUGUAGCAUUCUUGUUUUCCAAGCCACUUAUCAACUACAUCUUCGGCGAACAAGAUGACAAUAAAAUCCGUCAUGCUUUACACAAUGGACAACUGGUGAUUUGGGCAGCUGAAGCUAUCUCAUCUUUGGCUGUCUUCUCGCUAAACGAAGAUUCCUAUGGUAUUGUACAAAAAGAUGUGCCAACCAUCAUCAACACUCUGUUGUCAGUGAAGCAGGCUCUGGACAAAUUACAGAAGUCAGCUGUUCUAGCGAGAAAAAUGCAAGCAGACGAUAAAUUGAUUCGGGAGAUUUUUACGUCUUUACGAAGUGCGGUCAAACGUAGUCUAUAUAGAAUCGUUACAAACUUUGAACCAUAUAUCAAUGACUUGUCUCUUGAACUUCCAAUAAUAGAACAAUUGCAGGGUUUUCUUAAUUACAAGGAAUAGUUUGUGAAUAUUGGUAUUAUCACAAAGUGUAUACUUAUGUGUGAUGUAAAUUUUGUAUCUGCUGGAAAACUGCAUUUUAGAUUCAUUGGAUUGAAGAAUUUUUUUUCAUUGCAUAUGUUCAAUGCAUAAAUGAGAUGAAGAUGCGUCAGAUGUGAACAGGAGUUGCGGCAAUGAAGAAGCGAAAAGACCCUGCGUCUCUGGCCGGUACGAAAUAUAAUUGAAAGAGGAAAAAUAACUUACUUGACUUUAUGCAGGAUUACAUUUAUGCAUUGAACAUAUAAGUGUUGUACUUUACAAGAAAAAAUAAAACAAUGUGUUAAAAAAGGAUGGUUAAAAAUAUCUGUAUUAAAAUAUGAGAUGUUUCAAACGUUUAAGUUUAUUAAU